AUGCAAGGGCAGAGGAAUUCUGUCGAACAGCUAGCUGACGUCUUCGGGUUUGAUCAUGGGUCUGGUUCAGGCAACCCUGUCAUGGACCAGCAGGCGUACUGGAACAACAUGCUUGGAGCAGCAGACUCGCAGAACCUCCAAGGUUAUGAGAUGAACCGCGGCGACGGGGCCAUUCCGUAUAGAAGCGAGGCACAUCAAGAUGGCCAGUUCUUAGGCUUUUGGGGGUCAGGUGAAGCUAGUUCAAGCGGCAAUGCGCUGAACUAUGGGAGCUCUAACGCGAUCAAAGCUGAGCAUCUGAACAUUGGUGGUGGUUUGAGGAUUGGCGAGAGGCGCCUGGCUGCUGAACACAACCUUUCUCUGGAUAAUGUGGACAUAAGCCUUAAUAAUGCCAGUAGCCAUGAUCUAUUCGGUCAGAGUUCAAAUGCCAACAGCGCCUCUCAAGGCAAACAGCAACAUGCUGGCAGUUCCCGUGCUGAUGCCACCGCCCAGGCCACGGAGCUAAGAUUGCAUCCUUACAGAGCUUUCGUUUUAGACGACGAGCAGCCAGAGCCGUUCCCUUCUAUGAAUGCUUUCCAAAAUCCUUUGGGUAAUUUUCCCCUGAUGCCAGAGGACAUGGAUCAAAGACCAGGCAGUUCCCUGGAUGGUCGUCGUUUAGCUUGCAAGAGGAAAAACAUUGAGGGUGUCCAUGGGCAAUUUUCAGCAGGUGCUAGCACAAGUUUUUCCCACAGAAACGAUAAUGCCUUCCAUGGUAUUCCUUCUUCAAGUUUCAAUCCAGCUCCUGGUCCAAAUGUAUCCUCUCAUAACUUUUUGUUAGCUCCAAGUUCCAUUGAGGAACAACUCUCGCAUUAUGGAGCUGCUACAGGAAUGCCAUCUAGUAGCUACAAUCAUCCCAGUGGAGGCAAUAAUAAUUCAGGAAAUUCAGAGAGAAGUUUUCGGGCAAGAACUGCCACCGCUCAGCAGGUUAGCCCCUAUGGUGUAUGGCCCUCUUCAGGUUCUAUCAGGCAACCUGGUUCAUGGUAUCACCAGGCACCUGCUUUUCAGCGCGCAUUUGAUGAACUAGAAGAGUCUAUGCCUGUGGUCAGUGGAAUCAACUUGCAAUACCAGCAUCCUGGAAAUGUAGUCCCUGGUAUUCCACAAACCGCACACCGUUUCACUGGCCAUGGAGCUUCAUCAUCAAGAGCUGGCAGUUUGGACAACAUAAUUCUUGGUAGAGAGGAAGUUACUGGGAGGAAUCUUGUAGCUCCCAGCUACCCUAAUGCAUCAGCCCCUCUUGCUGCAGUAGACAUGAGACAUUUGGUGCCAGAAUUGUCUAACUGGAAUUCUGACAAUCCUGGUGCUACCAUCCCUGGAAAUGUGUCUUCUGUAUCAAGAGCUAAUGCCAGUUCAACGAUUAGUCGACCAGCAGGCUCAACAUCUCUCGCUCAUCAGAACCUGCAUCGACGGCAUCCUAGAAAUUUAUCAGAGGAGAUAGGCCGUCUAUCUGGAGCGCUUCGUGGUCCUCAGCACCCGCGCUUAAGGUCAGGGUUUCUAUUGGAACGUCAAGGUGAUGGUGUUUGGGGUGUUCCAUUACCGAUGAGGAAUAGUAGGGAGGGAAGAAGAUUAAUGGAGAUACGGAAUGCACUAGAAAUGAUUCAGAGAGGGGAGAAUGUCAGAUUUGAGCAGUCUAUUUUCUAUGGCGGUGUCGAGAUUCAUGAUAGACACAGGGAUAUGCGUCUUGACAUAGACAAUAUGUCUUAUGAGGAACUAUUAGCACUGGAGGAAAGAAUAGGAAAUGUUAGCACUGGGCUCACCGAGAACGAUGUGAUGAAGCUCCUGAAGCAAAGGAAAUUCUCGUCAUGGAGAUUAUCAUCUAUGGAAUGUGAGCCAUGUUGUAUUUGUCAGGAGGAAUAUGUGGACGGAGAUGAUCUUGGGACGCUUCACUGCGGGCACGACUUCCAUGCGAGCUGCAUCAGGCAAUGGCUGGUGGUGAAGAACCUGUGUCCGAUCUGCAAGAACACCGCCCUGAAGACCUAA